AUGUCUGCUAGCUAUCCGUUUUGGUUAGGAGGGGUGGCUGCCUCUAUGGCAGCGUCAUGCACACAUCCCCUUGACCUGACCAAAGUUCGCAUGCAAACUCUGACGCACGUUGCUGGCGCCAAACAUUCCACUUUUUCCAUCAUUCGUGCUUCUAUAACAGAUCUCGGUUUCAGAAGUCUCUAUACCGGUCUCAGUGCAUCACUAUUGCGUCAAAUGUCCUAUUCGCUUGUUCGCCUUGGAAGCUACGAGGAAAUUAAAGCACGAAUAUCAAAGAGACACAAGCCUACCACACCUCAACUGCUCCUUACUGCGUGUCUUGCUGGGGGUUUGGGUGGUAUCGCCGGUAAUCCAGCAGAUAUUCUACUUGUCCGGAUGACAAGUGAUUCCGUCAAGCCUCCGGAGCAGCGGUAUAACUACUCGAAUGCUAUUAGUGGUCUGGGUAGUCUUGUCAAAGAGAAAGGUUUGAAGGGGCUUUGUCGCGGAAUUGGCCCAAACACCGCAAGGGCCAUUCUUAUGAAUGCAUCUCAAGUUGGAUCAUAUGACUUUUUCAAGUCCUCCUUGUUGAAUAAAACCAUGCCUGUCUUCGAUUAUCAACUCAAAGAUAGCCUGUUACUCCAUUCUAUCGCCAGCUGUCUUGCCGGCACUGUUGCUACCACUGUUUGCUCGCCUGCUGAUGUUAUUAGAUCGCGCGUCAUGUCUUCGUCUUCGGACAGUACUGCUUUACAGAUCCUUAAGCACUCCUUAGAGAAGGAGGGCCCCAAAUUUUUGUUCAAAGGAUGGACUCCCGCGUUUAUUCGCUUGGGGCCUAACACAAUGCUGAUGUUCGUGUUCUUUGAGCAACUCAAGAAAGGUUGGGGAAAUCUACAAUCUUCCUGA